AGAGGACACAUGUUGGAAGGAAGGGGGCGGUGACUGGUUCUCUGAAGGCUUACAUAAAAGGUGAUAUCUCAGUCUCAGUUAUGUCCAUGCUGCUGUGAGAGAACUGCCUGUGAGACUGAACAUCUCCGAAGCUUGAAAAGGCCCUUUUAACCAACAGCUCAGGCAGACCGCACGGAAAGAUGGCGGCUUCCCUGUUGAGGAUAGGACGACUGGGUUGUAUGAAGUGUUUGCAGGCUGAGAGCUGGUGCACUCUGAGAAGAGCGCCUGCUGCAGCUGCAGCUCUCAGCUCAAAAUCUGGUGGUUCUAAGAAGUCGUCAAAGAAGGGCUCAGACAAAGACCAGGCUAAAACAUACUUCGAUAUAGAGAAACUUGUCCAGCACAAGACAUAUGAAAUUCCCAAGAGGGAUGUUUCUCAGGCAGUAACCUCUGCUGCAGCAGCAGCAGAAGCAGCAGCAAAAGCAGCUGCACCACCUGCUGAGGUGGCCACACCAGUUGUUGAAGCCACACCUGCAGUUGAGGCCGUUGCAGAAGUCACACCAGCUGCUGAAGCCGUUGCAGAAGCUGCACCAGUAGUGGAAGCUGUUGCAGAAGCUGCACCUGUAGUGGAGGCCGUUGCAGAGGCCGCGCCUGUAGUGGAAGCCGUUGCAGAGGCUGCGCCUGUAGUGGAGGCCGUUUCAGAGGCCGCGCCUGUAGUGGAGGCCGUUGCAGAGGCCGUGCCUGUAGUGGAGGCCGUUGCAGAGGCCGUGCCUGUAGUGGAGGCCAUUGCCGAGGCCGCACCUGUAGUUGAGGCCGUUGCCGAGGCCGCACCUGUAGUUGAGGCCGUUGCAGAGGCCGCACCUGUAGUGGAGGCCGUUGCAGAGGCUGCACCUGUAGUGGAGGCCGUUGCAGAGGCUGCACCUGUAGUGGAGGCCGUUGCAGAGGCCGCACCUGUAAUGGAGGCCGCUGCACCAGUUGUUGAAGCUGUCGCAGAAGCUGCACCAGUUGUUGAAGCUGUCGCAGAAGCUGUUGCAGAAGCUGCACCAGUUGCUGAGGCUGUCGCAGAAGCUGCACCUGUUGUGGAGGCCGUGAUAGAUGCUGCUGCACCUGUGGUCGAAGCCAUAGCAGAAGCCACACCUGUGGUCGAAGCUGUAGCAGAAGCAGUCGCUGAAGCCGUCACAGAGGCUGCACCUAUUGUUGAAGCUGUUGCUGAAGUAGUAGCUGAUGCCGCACCAGUUGUUGCUGAAGUGGUUGCUGAAGCCGCACCAGUGGUUGAAGUAGUUGCAGAAGCUGCAGCAACAAUAGCUGAAGUUGCUGCCGAAGCAGCUGCCCCUGAACCUGAAGCUGCUGCAACAGUUGAAGCUCCAGAAGCUGUUGAAGCAGCACCAGAAGAACCUGCAGUGGAAGCGGCCCCAGAGGUCCCAGUUGCUGAAGCUGCACCUGCUGUUGAAGUUCCUGUAGAAGCUGCUGCUGAGCCUGCCGCUGAAGCUGCCCCUGUUGAAGCUGAAGCUGCCGCUGAGGCCCUAGCGGACCAAGUUGAACCGUUUCAGGCUCAAAUGGACCCGAUUCAGAAGCUCUUCUUGGACUCCAUACGCGAUUACUCCUCAAAAAGCCAGGCGACAGGUGGGCUAGUCGAUGCCGGUGCAGAGUACGAAAAGGCUCUGGCAGAAGAGAUAGCAAAGCUUCAGAGACUUUAUGGUGGUGGAGACCUCACAGCUUUCCCAGAGUUCACAUUCACAGAGCCCAAGUUUGACGAAGUUGCCCAGAAGUGAACACCAGCACUUUAGCAAACAUACUUUUCUACUGUCGCCUUUCUGCCUGUACAUCUGUGCUCCAUAGUGGACCAUUAACAGUCUACUUGAUGUCAGAGUAACAACAAACCCCUGCCUCCAGCUUCGUUUGUGAGAAUAGAGCCUUUUCAGUAGUUAGAUAUUGUAUGGGAGUGUACUCUAAAGCAAUAGAUGUACAUUUAUGCAAGAAAAGGGAACUCUGAGCUGUGAAAUAAGCUUUGUGUGUUAAGCUGAAUGUAGAAAAAAAGAAAUAAAUUCCAGUUCAUAUUUA